AACAUCAGUGUUGUAUUUCCGGUCUACUGCACUUCAUUGACACUUAGCAUUUUUUUGCGUAUGUAAUCGAUUGUAAAACUGCGCAGUUUUCUAAUUUGGAUUAUCCCAUAUAAGCCAAAGGAAAAGUAAAAUAUAUCUGAUUUAUAGUAAUACUUUUUUUGUGAGUGUUUACGAGAGAAUAAAGACAAUUUAUUACAGGAUACUUAAUUUACAGCUGGAAACCAUUUUGUAAAAUGUUGUCGAAUGGUUUUUAACAUUCGCUAAGUUGUUAUGGAUGAAAAUAGCAGUAGAUCAUCAUCUAGAAAAAAUUCUUUACCAGAAGACGAGCCUAAAGUAUCAGCAACAAUUGACAGAAGGAAUGAUUCGGACAGUAUGAAGCACCCACCACCUGCUUUGAAACGUAUGUCAAGUGGUGGUAAAGUAAAAAAACAGGUUACAAUUGAAGAUUCACCACCGCUAGACACCACAGAAGUAUUUGAACGUAAGAUUUCUUCUGCUGAUAAUAAGUAUUAUGAAAGUAUACCCGUAAAUGAACAAGAAAAUUACAAAUCAGAGCUGUCUUCUGAAGCUAAUCCUAGUAUUCGAGUUAAUGAUAAAGAAUUAGAGGAUGAGAAAGAGGAUAAGAGUGGGGAGAAGGAGGAUGAGGAGUAUAAAAGUGUACAUGCAUCUCCUGAUAGCAGAUUUCUUAAAUUCAAUCAAGAAAUUGGAAGAGGAUCAUUCAAAACAGUUUAUAAAGGAUUAGACACAGAAACAGGUGUUCAAGUAGCAUGGUGCGAGUUACAGGUAACACUUAAAAUAUAUUUUUUAGGAAAAUGAUUGCACAUGAUUUUGAAGGACAAGAAAUGGCAUAAGAAAGAACGAGAGCGUUUCAGAGAAGAGGCGAGCAUGCUAAAGGAUCUUCAACAUCCAAAUAUCGUCCGAUUUUAUGACUCCUGGGAGGAAACCAACACGAGGAAUAGAAAAAUCAUCGUUCUCGUAACAGAGAUGAUGACCUCCGGAACUUUGAAAACGUUCGUACAGUGAUUAGAGAGAUUUGGGUUAUGAUUUGUUUUACAACAGAUACAUCAAAAAGUUUAAAAAUAGAGUGCAAUUGAAAGUUGUUAAGAAUUGGUGUAGGCAAAUUCUGCGAGGAUUAUGCUUCUUACACACGAGAAUGCCGCCUGUUAUUCAUCGUGAUCUGAAGUGUGACAAUAUUUUCAUUACCGGAACAACGGGAUCCGUAAAGAUCGGGGAUUUAGGCCUAGCUACUUUAAAAAACAAGAGCUUUGCUAGGAGUGUUAUAGGUACGCCAGAGUUUAUGGCUCCCGAAAUGUAUGAGGAACAUUACGAUGAAGCGGUUGACAUAUACGCUUUCGGGAUGUGCAUGUUAGAAAUGUGCACAUCAGAAUAUCCUUACAAAGAAUGUACAAAUCCUGCACAAAUUUUUCGCCGUGUAACUGCUGGAGUUAAACCAGAGAGUUUCGAUAAAAUUGACAAUCCAGACGUGAAGGAAAUUAUAGAAGGUUGCACAAAGAGUCGAAAAGAAGACAGAUUUUCUGCAAAGGAACUCCUACAACAUCCAUUUUUUGCUGAAGUAAAAUUAGAACUUUCAGAAGUAGGAUCAGAUAAUAAUACAAUUAAACUUCAUUUUCGAUUAAUUGAUGCAAAACGGAGAAAAGACAAGCAUAAAGAAAACGAGGCUAUUGAAUUUGAGUAUAGCUUAAACACUGAUUCACCUGAAGAUGUUGCAAAGGAAAUGCUUAAAUCCGGCUAUGUUGUAGAUUCAGACUUUAACUCAGUUGUUAGACAGAUAAGGGACCUAACUAAAAAAUGGAAUCAAGAGAAACAACAACAAAACCCUAAUGCCACAGCAGUUCAGGAGAACAAAGAACAAGGUCAGAUACCUGAACAACCGGCGGAUGUUACCACCCAACCAGUAACUACACAACAUGCUCCUAUUCAACAUCAGGCGUCAGUUGAUUUACGUCCAGAUCAGCAACAUCAGCCAGUAGAAGAAACAGUGAGAGAUUCAGAUAUUGAAUCGAGUGAAGUUAAAAGAGCCCCUGUUCCUCUUGCUCAAAAAAAAGAAAAGGCUAAGUCUCGACAAAAACGAAGAACAGGCGAACUUGGCAAUGAAUUAAGAGUUGAGCUAAAGGGAACAAAACAUGGAAAAAUUGAAUGUGAAAUGUCAGGAGGGAAAGGAGAAAGAGAUGCUGAAGUUGUUACUUUUGAAGUCGAUAAAGUUGACAUGGAUGCUGAUGAGAUGGCUGAGUCUCUCGUGGAAGCAAAGCAUUUGGAUUUGGGCCUAGUAGAUAAAUUUAAAAGUCAAAUUGCCAAAUUGUUAUCUAAAGUUCAAGAAAUACUGCCAACCCCAACGCAUCCAACUCCACUCAUGUCGGACGGAGAUGCCCACAACAUUCCUCUGCAAACUUCAUCAGCUCCCAACAUGAAUGAUACUGACAGAUCUAGACAAGCUAGUCAAGAACCAGAGAAUAAACAUACAGAAUUCUUCCUUGAAAGUAAUGAUAGUUCGGUUCAGAGAGUUAAAAAAGACGAUGUGUUCAGAGGCAAUUACGGAGAUUAUAAAAGAGAUAGGAACACACUUUCGAGUCAACCAGUUACAGGUGGUAGUAGUUUACCUCCAACUCCAUCUGCGACAAGCGGUAUGGCAAAUGUAAACCUUGAUGACGUAUAUACUAAAUUGUCGGUGUAUCAAUGUCGAGGUGAUUUAGCAAAAGCCUAUUUGGGACAACUACGAGAUUUAUUAAAUCAAGCGUUUACUUUUAUAAAUAACCCGGCGGCUUUGUAUCCUAUAACUCAGCAGAUAGCUACAGUCUUCCAGCUUGUUUCUCAAUUUCCGCUGGAGAAUACUCCUGAUACCCAAGCAUUGAUGGGGCAAGCCUUAUAUUUUGUGAAAGCAUGUCAACUACCAACACAACCACCCGUUGUACCACAAAGGAGAGAGAGUGCACCUGUUCACCCUGCUAGUCAGCAUAGCUUUUACGCCAAUCCUCAAUCGUCUUCCUUUAACAAUAUGCCACCACAAGAUUUGGCAAACUUACAUCAAAAGUUACAAAAUUUACAUUCGAGGCCUAUGAAUAUGCAUGCAUUUCCUCAAAAGGGAGGUGAAGUAGAAGAUCAACCAACUUUUACUGAAACUGAUAAUCUUGAGAAACCACGAAGGAGUAAAUUACAAAUUAUUAAUGUUUCACCUGGCGGCAGUGAAAGAUCGGUUCCUGUUAGAAAGGACGAUCAUCCACAACCUCAAAGUACUUCUCCGGUAUCCUCUCCUAACAAGCAAUUAGGACGUUUCAAAAUUUCGGCGGUAGAGGAGACCGACGACGGUAAGAGUAAAGAAAAAGAACGUGAAAAAGAAAAAGAACGAGAAAAAGAGCUAGAAAAAGAGCGAGAAAGAGAACGAGAACGAGAAAGAGAAAGAGAAAGAGAGAGGGAUAAGGAAAGAGAAAGGGAACGGGCUGAAAAGGAAAAGGAAUCUGGACCAAACAUCGAUAGUUAUCAUCAUUGUGUUCCUACAGUCUUAUCAGCAAAUACUAGUGUAAUCCAUCAUACAGACAACGAUAAUGGCUAUGGUCCAACAAAGAAUACUGAUUUUGAUUCCGUAUCGGAGGCUGAGAGCAAUGCUUUGGAAUCCCAACAGGAGAGCCAGGUUGCACGCAAUAAUACGUAUCCUGCUUUAAAUCAUCAACUAUUUUCUGUUGAAAAUUCGUCUGCUUAUGGCUCCACUACUAGUUCGCAUCGAAUUAAAGAAUUAUCCGAGCUUGACGCUUUGCUCAUGCAGCACCCUUUGUAUGAUCCUGAAAGGUCUCAAGAUCUAAUGAAUUCUGCAAUGAGGCAAGCCAUGCAACAGGAUCCUACUUAUGCUGAUAUGGAAGCUAGGCAUACACAUGAGUACCAACAGUAUGUUUCAUCUUUUAAACAACGUUUCGCAGAAGCUAUACUAAGGAAUAUGCCUCAUAUUGCAAAUACAUUGGCUAAGCAAACCUCACCUCCCUUGUCACAGAAUACCAGCAUCUCUUGCCUAAACCCAGUUCAACAACCUUUGAUAGAUCAGCAAUCAGCUUUUUCAAUGCAAAUGGGUGUUACACCGGGUUCUCAGCUAUCAAGUAUGCAAUUAACAGGCGUUGCCUGUCAUUCGAGAAAUGGACAAAGCACACCUCAGCAAAGUCAAGCCCCUAUUGUUAGCCAGAAUGCUCCAAAUAUGCAAGCUUAUAGUCAACAAACUUUUCCACAUUCGGCUGCUGUGACCAGUAAUUCCUUUCAGCCGGUUCGACAGACACCACCAACAAUAGGAAUGCAAAAACCCUCGAAUGUUCAACUACCACAGAAUCAGGCCUAUUUUAACAAUACUGUUCCGGUUAGACAAGUGCCACCAGCAAUGAUGAAUUUUAUGCCGAAUCAGGUUACGGGCUACAAUCAAGUUCCUAUGUCGAAAAAUCCUGUGGGACAAGGUUUUAUGAGUGCUCAAGGUAUUCAACCGCCAACUCAGCCUAUUGAUACGAUAGAUAAUUUGAGACAAUCUUUAAGCAACGUUUUGAACAUUGAACGAACAAGGAUAGAUAGCUCAUCUAAGUUACAACAGUCUAACAUCCUCGAAAGUGACACAAAGCCCAUGGACCCAGUUCGAGAUGGUGAUUCAUCUCCAGUUGCGAAUCUUAAACAAAAGCCUAAUCCGGACAUCUAACAAAUAUUAUCUUUAAAAAAAUUAUGGUAGGCUUAAUUUCGCUUGUUAAACUUACGCUGAAGCUACUAUGCCGUAUUUUUUAGUUACAAUGAGUGAGCAGACUAUUUUAGUUUACGAACAUUUUAGUGAACUGCAUAUACUUCGGCCGAAGAGACUAGAAAUCUUGUAGCCAAUGUCCCACCCCGUACCCCCUCCACGCCAACUUCUCUUAACCUCCUUUCUUUCCUUCCCGCUAGUGUUUAAAAUUUUACUGAUUUAAAUUUUUGCCACUGUUCAUUCGUCUUUGUUUAUAGAUUCAAUUUAGCGCAUGCGUUUAUUUUUUCGUUUAACACAACAACAUAUACACAUUCGAGUCUUUGUUUUUAUUCUAUAUUCUAUAGAAAUUCUUUGUAUAUUUGUUACAGUUCAUUCAUAUAUUAUGAUGUCUGAAAAUUUACUGAAACAUACCGUCACUGAUUUACAUACAAAUAACUUUCAAAAAUACAUAUAUGGAAUCAGAUUUUACAAUUCCAUACGCCUCAAUAGAAUCAUUUGUAAUACUUCAUUAAAACUUAAAAAGCUAUCCUUUCUGUUAAAUGUAUUAGUCAUCUACUAAAUUCCCUUUUCAUAUCCCUACCCUAAUCCUUUCCUUUCUAUUUUUGAACCCAUUUAUAUCCUUUCAGAUUACGUAAGCUUUUUUCAAUUUACCAGAAACAGAAAAGAAGAAAAAAAAAAGACUUCUAUUUUACUUUUCUUUUUAGUAACAAGACUGGUUAAUUUUAUCCUAUUAACCCUUUUCCUAUGCCUUCUGUAUAUUUAUCUAGUUCUUAUUCUAUAUUCUGCUAUUAGUCUCUCGCACUCUCCCUCUCCUACCCAUCUAUCUCCCUUUCCAGACCAAUCUGUUAAUGGUGUAAUCCUUCGUAUAGACUAUUUGGUCGUGACAGCUGUUAUCAGCAUGAAUAAUCUUUCACAAAGAAUAAUCUACUAAACUCUCGAUUUAUAAUUGAAAAGAAUUAGGGUAGCGUUUAUUGAUUUCUAUUCUCUUUCUAUUAUAUAUCUUAUUGCAUAUUCGACCUAAUGCCAAGAUGAAAAUUAGUAAUAACAAUGAUGUUAAUAAUAACAAGUAAAUCUAUAUUGUAUGAAAUAAUUGCAAAUACUCUAUUUUUUAUUAUAAAACUUUUAUUUCUGCUGAUUUUCUCUGAUAUGAACUAGAAAAUGUCAAAACUAUUGUAUUUAGACUAUAUUUACUUUAAUCGACCUUGAAAAUUGAUGCAUACUUGCACGUACCACAAUACAGGCUUGGAAAUCACAUUAAGUAAAUACGUAACGUUUGCCAAGGCUAUGCUAAUCGUUACUUGGUCUAUUUUUAGAAUGACAAACUAAGAAAAAUAGUUUACUUAAAAAGCUUUUUUUUACUUUUUUCUUUUGUUGGUUGCACAACAUUGAUAUCAAGGCUUAAACUGCUGUAUAUUGUAUAAAUCUUUGAGAGGCUUUAUUAGAUCAAGUCUCUUAAAGGUCAUGUGAUACUUAAGGAUUUACUGAAAAUAAAAUUGCAAUUUUUAAUAAUUAA